AUGGACUUCAGCAUCAGGCCUGUCACAGUCGAUGACAUCACUGAAAUUGCAGAGCUCACCAAAAGAGCACGUGUUGAAAUGUUCCCUCAUAUGGAUCCAACAUGGCGCGCACAAAGGGCCGAACACGACUCGGCGACUUUCCAGCUGACCUUCAUCGACCAUCCGCAAGGGGCGUACCUCGUCGCCCGCUCAGGAGGCAAGCUGGUCGCAACUAUUGGCUACCAGGACUAUGACCAUCGUCACCAAUUGAGUUUGGAGACGGAGGGCAUCGUCGAAGUUGUGAGGCUGUAUGUCGAUCCUGAUUGGCGCCGCGGCGGACUUGCAUCGAAAAUGGUCGCUUCUUUGGUGGAAAUCGCGGAAGAGGCAGGCGUACGGCAGUUGUAUCUGCAUACACACCCUUUUCUUCCGGGGGCAAUCCAGUUUUGGACACGGCAGGGAUUUACUCUCCUCCGAGUGGAUGUGGAUGACAAAGUAUGGCAAACAACCCACAUGGGUAGAACCCUGAAGUAG